AUGAUACAUAAAUUCCUACUAUUUGUUUUGUUACUGUUUUCAUCACCAUGUUUUGUUUUUUCAUUACAAUGUUACAUAAGUGUUAUCCCUUUUGUCUUAAAUUACAGUGUAACAGCUGAUACUCUUCCAUCAUUUGAUAAUUGUUCAUUAGUUGAUACAUCUGGUGAAUGUACAUUUACAAUAAUAUGGUUAAGAAAUCCUAUAAGUAGUAUGAUUAUAUUUGGUUAUGAUUCAAUAUCAAAUGAAAAUAUAUCUUCAAGUGAUUCAAUAUUAGCAAGUGUUCAAUAUCAAUUAGAAGGUGAUGAAUUAAAUAAAAGAUUAUCACAUGAUGUUCAAUACAUAUGUAAAUCAUUUGAUGGAUGUAAUAAUGGAAUAAAUUUAAAACGAAUUUUAAAAUCGAUUCAUAUAGAAGAAAAUUUUUCUGGUCGUUUUAAUUUCUUAAUUGCAACAAAUCAGUCAUUUAAUAAUCAGUCAAUAAAUGAAUGUUAUUUUAAUCGAUCUUCGAAUGAUUGUUUACCAAUUGAUUAUUCCAAUUGUCGACGAUGUCAAAUUUCAAUGAAUUUUUUUUAUUCAUCAGUAAAUGAAAUAUGUGCAACAUGUCCAAGAAUAACUCCAGAAUUUAAUUCAAUAAAACGUAAUGCGAUUUUUAUUGUUAAUAAUCGAUCACAAGUAAUCGAUCGUGUUCAAUUGUCAUGCCAAAUAGGAGAACAUUGUAAUUCUAUUGAAAAUGUUUAUCAAAUACGUCAAGCUAGUUUAAUCUAUUUUGAUUUUGAUCGAUUUUCUUUUUACUAA